AUGAUACAUAUGAGAAUCUUUGGUGUUUUUGCAAUAGCGUUAUGGAUAACAAUGGUUGAUGCUAGGUUUAUCGGAGGGAGAGGAGUGGAGAAAUAUGUUACUUUCGGUCAGAACUAUGUUGUUAAAUGGGGUCAAGGUCAUAUUUCCACACUUCACUCUGGAAAAGAAGUUGAUCUCUACAUGGAUCAGUCUUCAGGUGCCGGGUUCGAGUCCAAGAACAUUUACGGAUCAGGUCUCUUUCAAAUGAGAAUCAAAGUGCCCGGAGGAAAUUCUGGUGGCGUCGUCACCGCUUUUUAUUUGACUUCGUUGGGAAGUAAUCACGAUGAGAUUGACUUCGAAUUCCUAGGGAACAACGAUGGAAAACCGAUAACGUUACAGACAAAUUUGUUUGCGAAUGGAGAAGGAAACAGAGAAGAGAGGUUUUUGCUUUGGUUCAACCCCGUCAAACAUUACCACACUUAUGGGAUUCUUUGGAACCCUUACCAAAUUGUGUUUUACGUGGACAACAUCCCAAUAAGAGUCUACAAGAACCAAAACGGUGUUAACUAUCCAUCAAAACCGAUGCAAGUAGAGGCCAGUCUCUGGAACGGUGACGCUUGGGCAACUGAUGGCGGUCGGACAAAGAUUAACUAUGCGUACUCUCCUUUCAUUGCCCAUUUCCAAGACUUUUCCGGCCUCUCAGGUUGCUACGCAGAUGGUCGGAGUGAUAACGUUGCCACGUGUGGAUCCUCCAACUACUGGUGGAAUGGAGGUAAAUAUCAAAGACUAAGCGGAUACGAACAGAAAGUCUAUGAGCAUAUGAGGAAGAAGUACAUGAACUAUGAUUACUGCACUGAUCGCUCUAAGUACCAAAGUCCUCCUAGAGAAUGUUAUUGA